AUGUCUGACGAACCUGAUAUGGCUGAGAUUGAGAAAUUUGAUAGGUCGAAAUUGAAGAAGACAGAAAUGCAAGAGAAAAGUCCACUGCCUUCCAAAGAAACGAUCAAACAGGAGAAGCAAACAGGCGAAUUGUAAUGAGGUGUGCGCCGCCAAUAUGCACUGUACAUUCCACAAGCAUUGCUUUCUUAUUUUGCUUCUUUUAGCUGUUAACUUUGUAAGAUGCAAAGAGGUUAGAUCAAGUUUAAAUGAUUGUGCU